CAAGCAAUCUUUUAAAGCAGAGGGCGUGUGUGUAAAGUGGAUACAAUAUAAGCCCUAUGCUUGUAUCCUGAACCUAACGGCCAAUAAUGCCUGCUGCUCCUAAGUAGGUUUUCUCGAGGAUUGCUAGUUGCUUGCGUUUCUACUUAUCUGUGCACGAUGGGGUCGGUGCGUGGGAAGAGGGCUCAGACUGCGCAACCUCAGCAGCCCAACAAACGUCUGAAGACCUCCUCACAUGACGAGGGCGCUCCGUCAGCUGAGGUUGACAUGUUGCAGAUGCUGCCUCCGGAGUUGCUCCUGAUCAUAAUCGGCAACCUGACACCAAGGGAAUGCCAGCCUCUACGCCUCACCUGCAAAGCGCUGCGUGACCUUGUUAACUCAACUGCAGCGGACACCCUCACCGUCACGAACGAUAUGGCACAGUACAUCAUGCUGGAGCAGAUAAAGCAUUGCCGCUCAGGGACGCAUGUCUUGAGCAACGGCUGGGUCGCUCAGCUGCUGGCAAAGUUCCCGCGAAUUAAGAAGCUGGACGUUAAGUGCAGCCAGAGCGUCCUAACGUUAUUUUCUCGACACAUGGUGCGGGACUGCCUGAGCAGCGUCCCUCCGGGUAGUGUCCCGCUCUCUCGCAUUUUCGAUCUCGCGGAGAAUGUGAAGACCAAUAGCCGACGUCACUCUGCGGUGCUACUCUGCGAGCUGUUAAAGUUUAAAGUAGCCCAGAGCUUGAACUCCAAGCCACCCGGCUACGAUACCAUGCGUCAGGAUGUUAAGCAAUACGUUCGCGCAGACCAGCUGCUCACCGAGCACCGCAUCGAGCUGCAGGCGCGCGUGCUGGAGCUGGUGGACCGGGUGCUCACGCUGAAGGGCCACGUGGACGCGCGGGCGCACGAGCACUACAAGUACGCGCGCGACACGCUGGACGACUCGCUGCUGGCGCUGGUGAGCUGCCUGCAGCCGCGGCACAGCAAGUACGCGUACCAGCUGCUGGCGAAGGCGGCGGACCCGGCCAAGGCGGCGAGGGGGUGGAGGUGGGUGGUGGUGGGGUGCGGGGAGGGGAGGGAUAAAGAGGAAACAACUAACUGACUGAGGGAUAAGGCGUCAACAUGGGUUGCAUCAUGUGAGCCAGCCCGACCCGCCCAACCCGAAUUAGUGAAGCCAGUACGUGUAAUGCACUUACCAAAAAAUGAAGACUUACCGAAGCCAGAGCGAAGAUGGAGAGGGAGAGAAAGAGUAGUGUCGCCAGUACAUCGAGGUAGCCAGCAGCCGCGCCGACGGUCCGUAGGGAGCCAACUAGGACGCAACCCCACACGC